AUGUACAGCAGGUCAAGAAGAUAUAGCGGAGAUGGUCGUGUUCAACACAGAAAAAGACUUGGGAAAAGAGAACUUCAUCCUGGAAGACCUGAAGAUGAAAGUAAAUUUAAAAUGAUAGUGCGCCCUCUCGGAUUUACCGUCGUGGUAUGGUAUGACAAGGGGUUAUUGCAUUUGAGGACUUAACCUUUUCUUCUUACCCCUGAAGAUUGUUUAAAAUUUUAUUUACCCCUGAAGACGUCCAAGAAGAAAAUGGGUCUACCCCUGAAGAAAAUGGAUCUACUCCUCAAGGAUGUCGUGAAAUUAAAGCUUCACGGUUCACCCCCAAAGAAUUCCGUAUUUUUUUUACUCUACUCCUAAAGAAAUCCUCAAUUUCUCCAACUUAUCCUGGAAGAAUUCCAUUUCCGGGCAAUAAAAAACCUGCAUUUCGUUACAUAGAGUGUCGUACAGGGGGCUGGUUGUCCCUGCAUGGUUCACAGACUAAAAAAGCUAAUCACGAAACAUAAUUUGAUAUCAAAAUUUCAUUUUUUUGGUAUGGUAUCUGAUACCUUUUUUUGUCUAGUUUUUACAAGAAGGAAAAAGUGGGAAAGGAGUGUCUGAAAAAAAAAAAGAGGAAAGUGGAGAAAAGGAAAAGAAAGCCUGCAAAUAGCAAAUAAUCAUUCUUAUUGUUUAGAUGUUUCCAUCUUCUUUAUCCGUGCAUCUUCCAGAGGUCUCAAAACUGAAAGUGUUUAACAGUCAGUGCAUAAUUAAAUGUUCAGGUUUGAUUGCUGGUAUUCAUCGAUUGAUAGCCUGCUUGGCAGGGGUUUGAAAGGAAGGGAAAUGGGAAGGAGAUUCCAAACGUGCAAGAAGCGCAAAAGGUAUGUGAGGAAGGGCAGAAGGGAACUCCUUCCACCCACCUCCUCUCUUGGCAGACUCGCACCCAAAUUCCCUUCCACACCCCUUUUGAAGGCCUGCCAUGCAGGCUAAUUGAUUGAAAAUGAUUUUGAUUGGAAGGAGGUUAUUUUGCUUUCUUAACAUGCCUCUGAAUUUUCUGUUUCAAGACAGGUGCAGUCAGUUUUGGAGCAUGUUCAAUUCUUCAGUAUGAAAAAGUUAGAAGUUCUUACAUCCAUAAAAAUCAAGCAUAUUCUCCUAGUACUGGGUCUAAAAAGCAGUUUGGUAUUAGAGAUAUGGUAUGUAUAGAAUUAUUACAUGAAUGUUUCACUGUUUACCACUUGUGAAUUUUUAUCAGUUAAUAGUCACUCAUAACCACUAGUUUGCCAGCUAGCUACGAGCUUGAGCAUUGAUUUACUUUCUUUCAGUUCAACAAAUGGUGGAAUUCAUUACGUGAUGGAUCCAAGACAGCAUCAGUGAUUAUCUUCCUUAAUACAACAGUUUUCUUGUUAUGGAAAAUACCUCAGAUGCAAAAUUUUAUGUGGAAAUGGUUUACAAUGCCUCCUGGUCCAGGUUAGUCUGGAUGAUAAUAGCAUGUGUGGCAGGUGACAAAAGGAGAAAGGCAAGGCCGAAUUUAGGCACGUAAGAGGGUGAAGAGAGUGCGGCAAGAGGAAAAAGGACCCCUUGUGCACCCCUUGCACUCUCAUGUGCCAAAAUUCUCCAUUUCCUUGUCCUUUUGAACCCUGCCACAGAGACUAUGAUGAUGAUAACACAGGUGGUGGAGAGGAAUUAGAGGUACAAUAUUUUCUUUCAGGCUCAUCUGUGAGGUUAUUAACAAGCGCAUUUAGUCAUAUGGACUUCUGGCAUUUAGGCGUCAAUAUGUUUGUUCUAUGGAGUUUUGCUCCCCAUGUUGAAGGUAUGUAACAAACUAGCAUGGCCACAGAUGUUUUUCUUUUUUCUUUUGACAAUUUGACAGCGUGUGAGCAAGCCCUACCCCUUGCCCUUGCUGUCAAUAAAUCCCCCCGAUGAUUCAUAAUUCCAUAUGCGUGUUUGACAAUCCCUCAAGAGAAAAUAGAGGGUCUGUGGACAGGCUAGUAACAAACUGAAAAGAGAAAUUAUUGAAAAGAUUCACAUGGGGUUCAUAAGGUGGAGUUUCUUUUCAGAAACAUGUGGAACAAGCAUGUCCAUCAGAGGAAUUUUUGUGACUGUCUUUUUCAGUGGUUAGUCUGUGUACCAUGAUCUUUUUUGUGUUUCUGUUUCAGCCCUCCUUGGUAAGGAACAGUUUAUAGCAUUUUAUCUCACUGGAGGUACAGUUACAGCAACCAGUGGCAAGAAAGAAUUAUGGGACAGAGAGGAAAAUGCCCAGUACAGACUUUAGGUAGCCUGCAUAGCAGGCGCUUGGAAGUAGUGGGCCCAAGAAAAAACGGGCGCAUGUAUCCCUCCCAUGUCUCCCUCACGCGUGCCCGUUCUCUCUUUCGCCCACUAUUUCCAAGCAUCUGCUACGCAGGCUAGACUUUAGGAUAUGUGAAUUUCACCAAAGUUAUUUUCAGACCAAUUAAAUGCAUGAAAUAAUUAAUUGGAAUUUUGUUUUCUAAGAGGUCUUAAAACUUUUAUUCAGUGUUGUCAAGAAAGAAUGCAACAGUUGUCAUUAAAAUAUUCUCUAUUGUUUGCUUUGAGGCAGACACACAUGGACUUGAUGAGGUUUCAAAGAAUCGAUUGAAAUGUGAGAAGAUCUCAGGAAUAAGUCUUAUAUUUAAUUACAACCUCUAAAAAUUACUUUAGUGAAAUUCACAUAUCCCGACCAGUGCCUUAACAUUCCCUCUCUGAUCCAUCAUUCUUUCUUUCUUAGAGACAUAAUAAAGGUUUCUGCUACCUUAAAGUCUUUUCAAUUUUUUUAUGGGGCAAAAAAUGCAAUAACAUCAUGUCAAUGUCCUUAUUUUUCCUAGGUGUGUUUGCUUCUUUUGCGAGUACUGCAUACAAAGUUAUUGUGACAUCAUCACCACUGGGUGCUUCGUUAGGAGCGGUAAGAGAAUUGAGGUUAAUACCAUAGAAAAAUGUAUUGAAGAUUAUAAACUCAGUGAUGGCUGAUUUAACCCUUUAAGCCCCAGUAUCUACAUACAAAUUCUCCAAACUGAUCUCUAUACAUUUCCUUAAAGAAUGAGUUAAGAGAAUUUGUUUAAAGAUCAAGGCAUUUUUACUUAGGUGAUCAUUUUAUUAAUUCUCAUAACUUAUCUGUUGACAUUGUAUGAAUAUUGUUAGGAGAAAAUUGAUCUUGGUCACUAUUGGGACUUAAAGGGUUGUCCCUUAUCACAGCACUAGGCUAAAUAAAAGGGGUAUCUACAAUACUUUAUAACAUAACGAAAGUAAAGCGUGCUUUCUUUUGGUCAAUUACCCUUACAUUUAGCAUUUGCCCAUGGGCGGCAAAUAUACGGCUGUUAGAUGAGUGAGUUGUUGAUGAGAAGAACGUUUGACCAUUUUCUUAUAGAAAUUCAAUAGUGGCUGUGCUUUUUUUGUUUUAGUCCGGGGCUUUGUUGGCGGUUCUGUCAUUGUGGUGCAUUCAUGAACCAGACACAAGGUUGGCUAUCGUGUUUCUACCAUUUUUAACAUUCUCCGCGGGAACGGUAAGUCACUUCUCGCAAUUUCCAAUAUCCUUAUUGAAAACUAAACAUUAGAAACCCCUUUGAUAUAUCAAAUCUUAGUUUACUAAGGUUCGACUUAAAUGAGUUUAAAUCACAUCUCAAUUUGCGAGCCAGCAAUGAAUAAAGACAGACAAUCGAGCAUGGCACGCGAAAAAGCUAGAAAGGUCAGUUAGCGAUUAGAAACACUGUACCUAGGGCCGGGUUUGUUUGUAUUUUGAUGGGCUUGCCUUGGUCAGACAGGGCUAUCUUCCUGGUUCAGGUCGCCAAUCAGAACAGUGAAUUCCUUUUAUCUUACCCGCUUGCAAAACCUGCCAGCCAUAUAAUUAUACUCUCUAAUCUUUAUUUUCAGGGCCUCGUAGCCAUAGCUGGGUUCGAUUUGGCGGGAUUAAUUUUUCGUUGGCAGUUUUUUGAUCAUGCAGCUCAUUUGGGAGGUGUUUUAUUUGGAGGGUAAGUUGGUGUCCUUCAAAUUUCUCAUCCAUACCACGCCCAAAAUCACAGCUAUCGUCGCGAGUUAUGUUACGUGUGUAGCGUGCUUGUUUUGACUCGUUGCUAGAAAUAUAGGCGAGUUAUUUCCGUGAUUAUCCAAAUUUCUAUGAGCGAAAUCAUCCAUGCUUUAAUAUUCCUCAUUAAGGUAUUUCUCCCCUCACUUGAUGUGAUGCUGGUCUAUCACAAAUCUACACCCCAUACCACUCUUCAAGCACCCGUCCUCAAAUUUUCUUUGCGAUCUGCAUCCAGCCUGUUCACAAACCCUCUAUUUUCUCCUUAAAGUCCGUCGAGCGCGCGGAUAAAAAAAAUAGAAACUACCUCGCUCGCGCACUCGCCGAUGUUUCGAAAAGAACGAAAAGAAAAAUAAAACAGUGUCUGUGUACAGGCUAAUCUGUAUCUUAAUGUUUUUCUUCCGAAGAAACCCGCAUUUGCCAACUCGCGGGGACCCUGGGGAGAGGGAAGGAAUGAAGGGAAUAGGAAGGAAAAAGAUAUUUUUUCCGCUUUCUAUUCAUCCUCCGCGUUCUUACUUUUGAAUUUUUAAUUGUCGUCUUUGUUUGCUGAGGAGAACGUUUUUUAGUUAUCCCACGUAAGUGGGCCAUUUACGCAACUUCAAGGGGGAGAGAUGGACGAAAACUUGAAGACAUCUGUCAUUUGUUUGAUUGUUUGCGACUCUAUACCUCUGGGCCAGGUUCCUGAAAGGCCGAUCAUGCGCUAAUCCAUGAUUAAAAUUUUGUUCUGUUUUUGUAUUUUACCUUCCUAUGUUUAGAUGUAUUGCGUAGGGUAACACUUAGUGUUAUCAUUACCGUAUCUCGGAGUAAAGGCUGAACAGUAUUUUGUAAGCUCAAAUUGCAUGUUCUUAGACAAGAAAACUUUGCUCAAAAUUUGGCUUAAUCCUGGCUUAAACUUGACAACAGGGCCCACCUGACGAUUAAUUCUUAUCACGCUUUUUCUUUCUUUCUUUUCUUUUUUAAACAUAGUUUGUACCUGAAAUAUGGUCAUCAUUAUUUGUGGGAAAAACGGAGCUGGCUUAUCUCUCACUGGCAUAAACUUCGAGCUGGCAAUAAAAGAUCUUGAUCAUUGUGGCUUUUUUUGCUCUUUCUUCAUCUAUUACUUAGUUUUAUUUCCGUCGGUAGCCUUUUCAAGAUCGGCGCUUUUAAUCAGUGGAAAAAACUUCACUUCUUUAUGUCUUUGAGGAAAAAAUUAACCUUCAUCGGCGAUUUCCAGAUAUUCGUAUAACCCAGAGUUAUAUAUAUUGAAUUCGACAAAUUAAGGACGACUUAUAUAAGUG